AUGGCGGCGACAAUGCUGAGGUCGCUUACCAAACUCGGACGUCCUUCAGCUUUAAUUUUAAAUUCUAAUAUCGCUAGUCCGGGGUGUGCAUUGCUUCAGAAGAGGCAGAAGCAAUGGCAGCCCGAUGUGGAGUGGACAGAGCAGUACGCUGGGGCAGUGAUGUACCCCAGUGUAAUAACUGAGAAAUGGGCACCCCCACCAUGGAAUGAUAAGGAUCCACCUGCAGAGAAAGAAGUGUCUAACCUGACCAUAAACUUUGGGCCCCAGCAUCCCGCGGCCCACGGCGUGCUGCGUCUGGUGCUGGAGCUGAGCGGAGAGUCGGUGAAGAAAUGCGACCCCCACGUGGGCCUGCUGCACCGCGGCACAGAGAAACUCAUCGAGUACAAGACGUACCUGCAGGCCCUUCCGUAUUUUGACCGCUUGGACUAUGUGUCUAUGAUGUGCAAUGAACAAGCCUAUUCCCUGGCCGUGGAGAAGCUGCUUAACAUCCAGGCCCCGCCCCGCGCGCAGUGGAUCCGAGUGCUUUAUGGAGAGCUGACCCGCAUCCUAAACCACAUCAUGGCCGUCACCGCCCACGCCCUCGACAUUGGAGCCAUGACCCCGUUCUUCUGGAUGUUUGAGGAGAGAGAGAAGAUGUUUGAGUUUUACGAGCGCGUGUCCGGAGCGAGAAUGCACGCGGCUUACGUCCGGCCUGGAGGAGUCCAUCAGGACAUGCCUCUGGGACUCAUGGAUGACAUCUACGAGUGGUGUAAGAACUUUUCCUUACGCAUCGAUGAAGUGGAAGAGAUGUUGACCAACAAUCGCAUCUGGAAGAACAGAACUGUGGACAUCGGAGUCGUUUCGGCCGAGGACGCUCUCAACUACGGUUUCAGUGGAGUGAUGCUGAGGGGCUCUGGGAUUAAGUGGGAUCUGAGGAAAAGUCAGCCCUAUGACAAGUAUGACGAGGUGGAGUUCGACGUGCCUAUCGGAAGCAAGGGUGACUGUUAUGACAGGUAUCUGUGCAGGGUGGAGGAGAUGAGACAGUCUUUGAGGAUCAUGUUGCAGGCGCUCAAUAAGAUGCCAGCCGGAGAGAUCAAAGUAGACGACGCUAAAGUAGCUCCACCCAAGAGGUCUGAGAUGAAGAUGUCCAUGGAGUCACUGAUCCAUCAUUUCAAGCUCUACACAGAGGGUUACCAGGUUCCUCCUGGAGCCACAUAUACCGCUGUUGAGGCCCCCAAGGGGGAGUUUGGCGUGUACCUGGUUUCUGAUGGAUCCAGCAGACCGUACCGCUGCAAGAUUAAGGCUCCGGGGUUCGCUCAUUUGGCCGGCCUAGAUAAAAUGGCCAAGGGGCACAUGCUUGCUGACGUGGUGGCCAUCAUUGGCACGCAGGACAUUGUGUUUGGUGAAGUUGACCGUUAAAGAAACAGUUCCAACGACUGCUCUGUCUUGCUCUGUCUCUCCAGUCCGCUGUCGUGUUGUUUAGACAGACAAAUUCUCUCUUACUCCUCCAUGUAUAAAAACUGAAACUUAAUAAAUAUUUU